CCUUGUUGUGAAGGCUGGAAAAUACCGCUGCUGUUCAAAGGAAGAAAGAUUGGCAUUCCUCUAGUAGGUGCUGCACAUACAUAGAACAAGCUUGAAGCAAGUUUUACAGGUUGCAGAAUCAGCAUGUGUCUCCAAUAGUUAAAAAGCCAGAAGCCGUCUCCACCAGCCAAGAAACCAGCAAAGAUAUUUCACAAUGGAUGCAGACGAUGAAGAAAAUAUGAGUUCGAGCAGCACCGACAUUAAAGAAAACCGCAAUGUGGACAACGUUCCCCCCAAGGACAGUGCCGGGCAGGCGCCUGGCGAGGGGACCCCACUCUCCAACGGCGGUGGCAGCAGCAGCAGGAAGAGACCUUUGGAGGAGGGCAACAAUGGCCAUUCCAGAUUUCGCCCCAAGAAGAGGAAGAAAACGCCCGGCCCUGUUCUGCCAAAGAACGCCCUGAUGCAGCUUAACGAGAUUAAACCUGGUUUACAAUACAAACUCCUCUCCCAGACAGGGCCGGUCCACGCCCCUAUGUUUGUGAUGGCAGUGGAAGUCAAUGGGCAGGUGUUUGAGGGGUCUGGCCCGACAAAAAAGAAAGCCAAGCUUCACGCUGCCGAAAAGGCUCUGCGCUCCUUUGUCCAGUUCCCAAAUGCCUCAGAAGCCCACCUGGCCAUGGGCAGGACUCUGUCGGUCAACACGGACUUCACAUCCGACCAAGCAGACUUCCCCGACACCCUUUUCAAUGGGUUUGAGACUCCAGUCCCUUCUGACGCUUCCUUUUACCUGGGCUCCAACGGGGAUGGGUCCUUCGGCUCCAGCGGGGACUACGGCUUGCCGUCGUCUGCCGUAGCCAGCAGCCUUUCCCAGUCGCCUCUCCCCCCACCCUCACCCUACCCCAUGGCCAGCGGGAAGAACCCCGUCAUGAUCCUCAACGAGCUGCGCCCGGGGCUGAAGUACGAGUUCCUCUCGGAGAGCGGAGAGAGCCACGCCAAAAACUUUGUCAUGGCUGUGGCGGUGGACGGUCAGACUUUCGAAGGUUCGGGAAGGAAUAAAAAGCUGGCAAAAGCUCGGGCUGCUCAGUCAGCCCUGGCAUCCCUGUUUAAUAUGCAGCUGGACCAGACUCCAUCUCGCCAGCCCAUUCCCAGUGAGGGGCUCCAGUUACACUUGCCACAGGUGUUAGCUGAUGCUGUUGCACGCUUGGUUGUAGAUAAAUUCAGUGAUUUGACAGAAAAUUUCUCAUCUCCACAUGCACGUCGAAAAGUCCUUGCUGGAAUUGUCAUGACAACAGGUACAGAUGUGAAAGAUGCCCUGGUAAUAAGUGUUUCUACAGGAACAAAAUGCAUCAAUGGUGAAUACAUGAGUGAUCGUGGUCUUGCACUAAAUGAUUGCCACGCAGAAAUUAUAGCUCGACGGUGUCUGCUGAAAUUUCUGUACACGCAGCUUGAGCUUUACCUAAGCAAUAAAGAAGAUCAGCAAAAAUCCAUUUUCAUCAAAUCAGAGCAAGGCGGGUUUAAGCUGAAGGAGAAUGUGCAGUUCCAUCUCUAUAUCAGCACAUCUCCUUGUGGUGAUGCUCGGAUUUUCUCACCCCAUGAAGCAGCACAAGAGGACCAAGGGGACAGACAUCCCAACCGCAAAGCCAGAGGACAGCUACGGACAAAAAUCGAGUCUGGGGAAGGGACCAUCCCUGUGCGCUCCACUACCACUAUCCAGACGUGGGAUGGGGUAUUGCAAGGAGAGAGGCUGCUGACCAUGUCUUGCAGUGACAAGAUAGCCAGGUGGAACGUAUUGGGUAUUCAAGGAGCCUUACUUAGCCUCUUUGUGGAGCCAAUUUACUUCUCUAGCAUCAUCUUGGGGAGUUUAUAUCAUGGGGAUCAUCUAUCCAGAGCCGUAUACCAGAGGAUAGCAGAGAUAGAAGAUCUACCACCUCUUUAUACACUCAACAGACCUUUACUUAGUGGUAUCAGCAAUGCAGAAGCCCGUCAGCCAGGGAAAGCCCCGAACUUCAGUGUGAACUGGACAGUAGGAGACUCUGGUCUGGAAGUCAUUAAUGCUACAACUGGCAAGGAUGAGAUGGGCCGUGCGUCACGCCUCUGCAAGCAUGCGUUCUACAGCCGCUGGAUGCGCAUCCAUGCUAAGCUUUCCUCCAGCUUGCGCUCAAAGAUCCUCAAGCCCAACCUGUACCACGACACCAAGCAAGGAGCCACUGAGUAUCAAACUGCUAAAGAGUGUUUGUUUAAAGCAUUCCUGAAGGCAGGACUUGGAGCCUGGGUGGAGAAGCCCAUAGAACAGGAUCAGUUUUCUCUCACAAUCUAAUUCACAAACUGCACAUCACUUUGGAAAGGAAGUUGUUCUGGAGAUUCCUGGUGUCCAGCAUUGCUUUCUGGCAUCUCCACAGCCGUCAAAACAUCUUUCUGCUCUUUGGAGUUGAGUUUCUUUGGGUUUUUUUUGAAACUUCACAGUAGCUGUUUCUGUUUUGCCUAAGUAUUGAAACUCAAUGAUGAUCCAACACAUAAUUGUAUAUUUUGUUAUAAGAAAGUAAUUUCUGGUGUAUUUCUAGAAAUACUUCUACUGUAGAAAACUUGCAGUAAGGCUGUCCUUACUGUAUACAAUGACUCAUUUUUUCUGGGUUAAAAUAAGUUCUUUUUUAAUUCAAUGUCAUCAAGUGCAUGAAGAAAUUAAUAGUUUCUCUAGGUUUUACACCACACUUUUAGGAAGUAGCUUAAUUUUUAAAAAAGAAAAUAGGCGACAAAGCUGAUUCUACUCCUCUGUUAACUUGUUUUUCAACUGCAGAUAUUUUUAGUACAUAGACCACAGAGCCAGAAUGGAGUCUGGACAGCUAGUUUUUUCCCAAUUCCUUUCUCUUUAAAACCAGCUGCUGAAAAUUUCAUGUCUUUGAUGUAUGUAUUUAUUAGUCUGUGAGCCAGUUUUUAACAUGCAGCUUUUUAUUCUGUUUUUAAAAAUACAUUUACCUCCCAUUUAUA